AUGGAUGUCAACGGUGAUUUUAACGUUUACGGAAACAACUACAGCAUCAAUGAUAACACAACAGUAACAACCGCCUACGUUGAACCUUCUACUUCUACAGCGCAUCCGGUCAACAAUGUGUUGUCGGCUGAGGGAAGUGGACGAUACGCUAACCACUAUGCCGAACACCCUUUGCGUUCGGAGAGCAUUUGGCAAGACCAUCAACGGUUACAACUGCAGGAGCAAGUGAAUACUUGGAAUAUAAUGAUGUACAGAUUCUGGAAAUUACAGCAGCAACAGCAUCUGAUACCGUAUUACCAGAAUGCUUGGCGUUCCAAAGAACCGUUGAAGAUCAAGAAGUCAAGAAGAAAAAGAUUCUCAUUCAACGAAGAACAAGUCGGUAUAUUGGAAAAAGCAUUUCAAAUGAAUUCGUUUUUGGGCGAGGCGGACAAGCGAUACCUAGCAAAUCAGCUGGGCGUUACGCACAAAAAUGUGACGUAUUGGUUUCAAAACCGUCGGAUGAGAACAAUUAGUGACUCACAGCUAAAUAUUUGGUGUUUGAACUUCCGUAAUCGGAUUGCAGCGAAGAUGAAACGGAUGCCAUCAACUGUUAUGCGAUCAUGA